AUGAGUUGUAUAAAUAAGAUAGGAAUUACACAAAUAUUGGUACUAAGUGAUUAUGACAAAGAAUUAUUUCUUUUUACUUUAAGUGCUAGCCACCUUAUAAAACCUCACAUUGAAUACCGUAACUUCCAAAAUCUUACAUGCACACAAGAGAGCGGAGAUACACUGCUUUCCAUAAAAGUAAAGGGUCGAAAUAGGGGCGGUUUUCUCUCUCGAAAAGCGUCCCCUAGAAUUACCUCAAAAAUCACCCUCAAAAUAGCCCUUUACCCCUAUAGAGUGUAUAGCUACUAUGUAUUGGUGGCAAUUAAGUUUUAUAAUGUGAACCAUUUGAAGGAAGUUAGCAAUAGGCCAUUUUCGUCUUUGAUAAAAAAAUACACCGGAAGGUUGAAAUCCGGGAUUUGCUUGUGUGAUACAGUUCUUGUCAUAAUUAUGGUCGAGUAUCACUCAGAUGCUAUUGAGGCCACACAGCUAAACAGCACUGAUUACUUUACCAUUCAAUUUAAAUCAACAUUUUUAAGGGCUAUUCAUAUACAAGGAUUUCAGGACCCAUGGCUCAUAGCCCAAAAAAAAUUGAUACGGAGAAUACAGCGCUGA